AUGGUUCCUCCCUCCCCUAUCUCCUCUCAGGAGGCCAACCACUACUACCACGGUCUGUACUCAAGGCCAGUUCUAGUAGCCCGUACAGGAACGAAUCUUUGGAAGCCUCCUGUGAGCCCGCCGGGCUACUUCCUACGAAAGGUACUUCUUAGUGUUGGCAAUCACCCCCUUACCGAACUCUGGGAGGCGAACCUUGCUCUACAAAUUCAUAAAAUCCUGGACUCUAAGGAGAUAAAGUGGACGAGUACGGAUGUGGUACGUAUUGGUGUGGUUGGAGAAUCAAUCACACCGGUAAUCAUCUGGAUUGGUGUCCAGCCUGAUACACUCUCCUGGGAAGCGGGCUACUCGGUUGCUAUAGAGUGCAAGGAGCUUCUUGUGGCAAACCGGAUACUGGAUGUUGAGGUCGAAAUCCGUGAGUCUGUUGUGACUCGGUAUUCUGAUCCUACCCUUGCCAAGCCUGCUGCCUUGGGUGACCCCACUGCGGAGCUCCUCGAGCCGCUUACCUCCACCCUUGGCCUUUCCAUCUGCAAUAUGCGUAGCGAAUGGGCUGAGGGCACUGGGGGCUUUUACGUUCUUGAUAAGACUAAAGACUCUAAGCUCUAUCUGGUUAAAGCUCGCCAUGUUGUGCUCCCAUCUCGCCCUGAUAGUUAGGUCUAUGAGCGCAAGCGCUCCAGCCAGCCUUAUGACAAAAUUGCCCUUUUUAGUAGUACUGCCUUCAUCAACUAUCUUGAACAGAUUACCACCGCGAUUGAGGACAAAAUUAUGGUCCAAACGUUUCAAACGAGAGUUGUUGAGUCUCUGAGGGGGUCAGAGGGAAUCGAUUCUGGUCCAGCGACAAGGAAUCUAGCAUCCCAGGAGGCUCUCCUACAAGAGGCUACAGAGGCGAUCGUGGCUAUGAAGAUACUUUACAAAAAUGUAGUAAAGAGUUGGGACACCAUUGAGAAUCGGAUUAUCGGGCACCUCUGGUUCUCCCCCCCUCUCCGAUAUGGCGCUGGUUCAGCUGGGUAUACCCAGGACUAUGCUGUGAUCGAGCUCGACAAAUCUAAGAUUAAUAAUGCCACUUUUACUGGCAAUGCGAUUGACCUAGGGACUCAGAUGACCUCUGUUGAGUUCACACGUCUGAUGUUUCCUAAUCCUACGGGCCGGCAUAACUUCAAAUACCCACUCAACCGUCUCUUCCCAGUGCGAGGUAUGGUCCCGGAUGACGAGAUGCGCCGCCCACCCAUGGUGGACCACGAGGGAAAUCCAUGCCUUAUUGUCAUGAAGCGCGGAAUCAGUACUGGACUCACCAUCGGCCGGGCGACCAAUCUUGUUUCUUACACCCGCCAUUACGGUGCAGAUGGCAGUGAAGCCACCUCCACUGAAUGGGCAAUUUUAAAUUAUGAUGACAACCAUGGCCCCUUCUCCAGGAGUGGUGACUCGGGAUCUGCUGUUAUUGACUGCCUUGGGCGCCUCGGUGGGCUUCUCACAGGUGGUAGUGGCCUCACUGACCGCACUGAUGUUACCUAUGCUACCCCCGUUUCCUUUAUUUUUGAAAGCCUUAAGGCUCACAACUACCAUGUUACCCUUGACGUAACCACUGCUACCUCGCCCUCCUGUUGAUGAUCCAGGCACAUCAUGAACUUCAUGAAUAAGUUCUAGAAUUGAUCACAUGGAGCUUGGCGCGGUGGUGACAUGUAAGAGUCUAUUUCGUUUAUCCUAUAUUUUUGCUCCCAUUCCGUGGACUAAAAUCUGAUCUAAAUAGUUUUGUAGGGGGAUAGCAGACACAAAAGCGGAGGAUAAGAAGCAGGUUGCAAAGUUAUUGGGAAAACUGGAGGGGCUGGGGGUAACGGGAAUGGGGUUAAUUGUCCGGACUAGGGAAUGA